AUGACGUCCAACACUCAACCUUACAGCGUGCGCAAUCGCCGGCCUUCAGCCACAGAGAACCUUAUUGAUGCCGCUAAGAACAUUGAAUCAAAGGUUGAGCAUUCUCUUCUUCUUUUAUGGGAUGACCUCCCUGCCUGGCGUCGCGAUAACGGCUUCAUCCUCUCUGGGUAUCGACAAUCCCAAAACUCCUACGCGCAUUCUUUCCGCUCCCUCUUCUACCUUCACAAUGAGUCUGUCAACAUCUGGUCUCAUCUUAUCGGCGCCAUAGUCUUUCUUGGUAGCGCAGCCUAUGUUGACCGAGUUGUUCGGCCUCGAUAUGCGAGCGCAAGUAGCGCUGAUGUCCUCGUCUUUGCGUGCUUCUUUGGAGGCGCUGUGGUGUGUCUUGGGAUGAGUGCAACCUUCCACACAUUGUCGAACCAUAGCGAUACUGUUGCGAAGUGGGGAAACAAGUUGGAUUACACAGGUAUUGUGGCUUUGAUCGUUGGAAGUUAUGUUCCAGCUCUGUAUUACGGCUUCUUCUGUCUGCCUAACCUCAUGACUGCAUAUCUCUGGGUCAUAUGUGUCCUUGGAGUUGGUUGCACCUUUGCUUCAUGGGUUGAGAGAUUCCGCACUCCGACAUGGCGUCCCUAUCGUACAAUGAUGUUUGUUGGACUUGGCCUUUCAGGCGUCGUCCCUGUCAUCCAUGGAGCUUUCAUCUAUGGCUUCCAAGGCCUUGAAGAUCGGAUGAGUCUUAGCUGGGUUGUUCUCCACGGCGCCAUUAUGUUCACUCCCGCUUCUUACUUCAUAUGCUGA